AUGGAACGCAUGUUCGCCUCGCCAUUCAUCGGACAGUUGGGUGAGGGCCAUGUUGACGGAGUCUAUUCUAUGGCAAAAGACCCGGGCUCGUUGGAGAGACUUGCCAGUGGAAGUGGUGAUGGUGUGGUCAAAGUAUGGGACCUGGCAAGCCGCGAUGAAGUCUGGAGUGCAAGAGCCCACGAUAAUGUGGUCAGAGGUUUGUGUUGGACUCCAGAAAGGAAACUGCUGUCUUGCGCCACCGACAAGACAGUCAAAGUCUGGGAUCCAUACAACCAAGAGCAGAAUGGAGUGCCUCUGACAACUUAUCUUGGCCAAGGAGCAUUCACUGACAUCUCGCAUCACCGGAAUCAUUCUUCAUUCGCUGCAUCUUCCAGUGCAAUAUCAAUCUAUGACCUAUCAAGACCCUCCUCCGGCCCCUCCCAGGUCUUACGCUGGCCGACAUCAACUGACACGAUCACCGCUGUUUCUUUCAAUCAAACCGAGACAUCUAUUCUGGCGUCGGCGGCAUUGGAUAGAGCCAUUGUUCUCUAUGAUCUCCGGACCUCUUCGCCUCUGUCCAAGGUCGUUUUGAGGCUGGCAUCCAAUGCCAUCUCUUGGAACCCAAUGGAGGCGUUCAAUUUUGCUGCGGCAAAUGAGGAUCACAAUAUCUACAUCUUCGACAUGCGAAAAUUGGACAGGGCGCUGAACGUGUUGAAAGAUCACGUGGCGGCGGUCAUGGACGUCGAAUUUAGUCCGACGGGCGAAGAGCUCGUGAGCGCAUCAUACGAUCGGACCGUGCGGCUGUGGAAUAGAGAUCGAGGCCAUUCCAGAGACGUUUAUCACACCAAACGAAUGCAGAGAGUGUUCAGCUGUCGCUUUACCCCGGACAACAAUUACGUCUUGUCCGGGUCGGACGAUGGCAACGUGAGGUUAUGGCGAGUUGAUGCAUCGAGUCGACAGGGUAUCAAAUCAGCAAGACAACGGCAAAAGCUCGAGUAUGACCAGGCCUUGAUCCGGAGAUAUGCCCACAUGCCGGAAAUCCGGCGAAUCAGACGGCAUCGACACUUGCCCAAAACUGUGAAGAAAGCAGCCGAAAUCAAGGGAGAGGAGCUCAAAUCGAUCAAGAGAAAAGAGGAGAAUGUCCGAAAGCAUAGUAAGAAAGGCAGCAUGCCUCGACACAGUGAAAGAGAAAAAAUGGUUCUUGGAACCGAGAAAUGA